GUAAUAACCCUCGCCCUGAUCCACAGUGCAGGUUGGCCUCCCUCCCAGGGAAGACUGCUUCUUGUGUGACGCCAGUCAUCGAAAGACACUCCGAUGGACUUACACCGGGCAGCCUUCAAGAUGGAGAACUCAUCCUACCUUCCCAACCCCCUGGCGUCCCCAGCAUUGAUGGUCUUGGCGUCCACUGCCGAGGCCAGCCGGGAUGCUUCCAUCCCUUGUCAGCAGCCAAGGCCCUUUGGUGUCCCCGUCUCGGUAGACAAGGAUGUGCAUAUUCCCUUCACUAAUGGCUCCUACACCUUUGCCUCUAUGUACCAUCGGCAAGGUGGGGUGCCGGGCACUUUCGCCAACCGUGAUUUCCCCCCUUCCUUGCUACACCUCCACCCUCAGUUUGCUCCCCCAAACCUAGAUUGCACCCCAAUCAGUAUGCUAAAUCACAGUGGCGUGGGGGCCUUCCGUCCCUUUGCUUCCACGGAGGACCGAGAGAGCUAUCAGUCAGCCUUCACGCCAGCCAAGAGACUCAAGAACUGUCAUGACACUGAGUCUCCCCACCUGCGCUUCUCAGACGCAGAUGGCAAGGAAUAUGACUUUGGGACACAGCUGCCAUCCAGCUCCCCUGGCUCACUUAAGGUUGAUGACACUGGGAAGAAGAUCUUCGCCGUGUCUGGCCUCAUCUCCGACCGGGAAGCCUCCUCGAGUCCGGAGGAUCGGAAUGACAGAUGUAAGAAGAAAGCAGUAGCGUUGUUUGACAGCCAGGCCCCGAUCUGCCCCAUCUGCCAAGUCCUGUUGAGGCCCAGCGAGUUGCAGGAACAUAUGGAGCAGGAACUGGAGCAGCUGGCCCAACUGCCUGCCAGCAAAAAUUCCCUUCUGAAGGAUGCCAUGGCUCCAGGCACCCCCAAGUCCCUCCUGUUGUCCGCUUCCAUCAAGAGGGAAGGAGACUCCCCGACGGCCUCCCCACACUCUUCUGCCGCCGAAGAUCUGCACCACUCAGACAGAUACCAGACCUUCCUGCGAGUGCGAGCCAACCGGCAAACCCGAUUGAAUGCUCGGAUUGGGAAAAUGAAACGGAGGAAGCAAGAUGAAGGGCAGGUAUGUCCCCUGUGCAACCGCCCCCUGGCAGGAUCGGAGCAGGAGAUGAGUAGGCAUGUGGAGCAUUGCCUGUCUAAGAGGGAAGGCUCCUGCAUGGCUGAGGAUGACGCCGUGGACAUCGAGCAUGACAACAGCAACCGCUUCGAGGAGUAUGAAUGGUGUGGGCAGAAGCGGAUACGGGCCACCACGCUCCUGGAAGGUGGCUUCCGAGGCUCCGGCUUCGUCAUGUGCAGUGGCAAAGAGAACCCAGACAGUGAUGCUGACCUGGAUGUGGAUGGGGAUGACACUCUGGAGUAUGGGAAACCACAAUACACGGAGGCCGAUGUCAUCCCUUGCACAGGAGAAGAGCCUGGUGAAGCCAAGGAGAGAGAGGCACUCCGGGGCGCAGUCCUAAAUGGCGGCCCCCCAAGCACCCGCAUCACACCUGAGUUCUCCAAAUGGGCCAGUGAUGAGAUGCCAUCCACCAGCAAUGGUGAAAGCAGCAAGCAGGAGGCCAUGCAGAAGACCUGCAAGAACAGCGACAUUGAGAAAAUCACUGAAGAUUCAGCUGUAACUACAUUUGAGGCCCUGAAGGCUCGGGUCCGGGAGCUUGAACGGCAGCUAUCUCGGGGGGACCGCUACAAAUGCCUCAUCUGCAUGGACUCCUACUCGAUGCCCCUGACGUCGAUCCAGUGUUGGCAUGUGCACUGUGAGGAGUGCUGGCUGCGGACUCUGGGUGCCAAGAAGCUCUGCCCCCAGUGCAACACCAUCACAGCGCCUGGAGACCUGCGGAGGAUCUACUUGUGAGCUAGCCAUCCAGGCAGGCCGUGUCCCGAGCAACCCCACCUGCCCUGGCCUCUGUGACAGGGACCCCUCUCUCCCUUUGUACAUACUUGCACACAGGUUCCCCAUGUACAUACAUGCACAUACACACCCAAACACAUAGAGGACUCGGGAGCCAGAGUGGAGCAGCCCGCCUGCUUGUCCCUUCUGAACUUGGGGCCCCUGCCUCUUCUGGCUGUUUCCAGGGAGGGGCAGGGAGGUGGGUUGGGGAGUAGCAGGGCAAGGCUCCUGAGAUCUAGUCCCUAGACAGACAGACAUGCAAACACCAGACUGAAGCACAUGUAAUAUAGACUGUGUAUGUUUACAAUGUUGUGUAUAAAUGGGACACUUUGCCCUCGACCACCUCCCCUUUGGUUGUAUGAUUUUCUUCUUUUUUUUAAUGACUCCUGGAAGCAGUGCCCCCUUCAGGGCUGGCUGGGGGCUCGGCCCAACCACCUCUUAAGGUGCCUGCCUUUCCCUCUUCCCCUUGGCGUCCCUUCCCUAUCCCAUGUGCUCAGUGUUCAGUGGUGUAUAUUUCUUCUCCCAGACAUGGGGCUUCUGCCCCAAGGGAUAUGAUCCUCUCCUUAGUCUUAGCUCAUGGGGCUCAUUAUGAGGAGCUGGGGGUAGGGUGGAAAGUGGGACCGAGCAGGAGCAUUCGGGCAGGCUGCAGUUGGGCUGGCUGAGGGUGCCUGGCUGCCUGGCCUGCUGUGGAGAACUCUCGGGAGUGGCAGUGCGGCUCCCAGGGGCAAUGCUGCCUCCCUGCCCCUCCCUCGGGCCCUGUGAUGUGAUGCUGUGUCUGUAUAUUCUAUACAAAGGUACUUGUCCUUUCCCUUUGUAAACUACAUUUGACAUGGAUUAAACCAGUAUAAACCA